UUUUAGCGGCUAAGCUAAGCUAAGCUAACUAGUUAGCCAACUGAAAAUAGAAUACAUUUUACCCACAAUGCUCUGCACUUAACCGUAACCUACAGCCGCUACUACACAAUCGGUCCAACUUCCUAAACAACGCUUAAAGCUGAUCUAGUUUAAAGAUGACUUUAAAUAGUUCUUCCUGAGGAACCAAUGUGAGCCUCUGCAGAGCUCUUCUUCCUGAGGAACCAGUGUGAGCCACUGCAGAGCUCUUCUUCCUGAGGAACCAGUGUGAGCCACUGCAGAGCUCUUCUUCCUGAGGAACCAGUGUUCCUGAGGAACCUUUGUGAGCCACUGCAGAGCUCUUCUUCCUGAGGAACCAGUGUGAGCCACUGCAGAGCUCUUCUUCCUGAGGAACCAGUGUAAGCCACCACAGAGCUUUUCGUCCUGAGGAACCAGUGUGCAUCUCAAUGAGAUGAUGAUCAGCCUUAUGGUUUCAUAAGCAUAACUGAAAAUUCUUCUCAUGAGGAUGUCUUUAGAAAGUAUCUGACAACCAAAUGGAUGCAUUUUUGGGAAAUCUUCAGGAUCAUGAUGUCAGGUAUCUGACAGAUAACUCUGUCCUGUCAUCCUGUGAGCCUGAACUCCAGGAGCUCAUGAGGCAGAUUGAUCUCAUGGUUAAUCACAAGCGCAGCGAAUGGGAGGCAGAGGUACGAGCCUUGGACUUGCGGCUGCGUGAUGGACAGGAAGAGCUCCAGACGGCCAGGGACCUUCUGGACAAAAGGAACUUGGAGGUCCAAGUGCUCGGAAAGCAGCUAGAUGAGAUGCAGGCUGGGAAAAAGGAACUGGUCACAAAGUAUGAAGGGCAGCUGCAGCAUGUGAAAGAGGAGUUGUCCAAGUUAAAGCGCAGCUAUGAGAAACUCCAGCGCAAGCAGAUAAAGGAGGCACGAGAAGGAGUUCGAAGCAGAGAGGAGGACAAGAGUGAAGUUCUGCACCUGAACAGAAAACUGGAGGAGUUCCGUCAGCGCUCAGCAGAGUGGGAGCAGCAGCGGGUUCAGUAUCAGCGGCAGGUUGCGUCAUUAGAGGCCCAGAGGAAAACCCUGGCAGAGCAGUUCACUAAAAUGCAGCCUCAGAGUCAGGGUGCGACAUGGCUGCAGGAGCAGGGGGAAAUACAGCAGUUGCGGUCACAGCUGCAGCGGGCUCAAGACUCCCUACAUGCACAAGAACUAGAGCUAGAGAGAUUACGGCUGCUGCAGGACGAACUGGGAGACUCCCGAAGAGAACAGCAGGUCAGCUGCGGUGCUGCAGCUCAUGCUUCAUGCCAGAUUCUGAGUGAGGAGCGGGAGGAGUUGAGAGCUACACUGGAUGCUCAGGAUCAUUUUGUGAGGAGUUCAGAUCUGCAACAUCAGCAGCUGCGCAACGAGGUGGCUCGCCUUAACCAGGCGCUGCAGGCCAAGGAACAUGUCAUCAGAUCUCUGGAAGAGUGUUUGACCUCUCGGAGUUCUCCAGGUCUGGCAUCUAUCAGACAGGAACUGGAGAAAAUCAUCACAAGGCUUCACUGUUCUCAAACCUGUGAGGCACACCUGAAAACUGAAGUCUCCCGACUCCGAGAAAAGCUUGAAAGCAUACGGAAGCAGAAAACAGAAGGAAGUAAAAGAGAGCAGGAAUGGAGAAAGCUGGAAGAGGAGCAUGCUCAGUUUGCGACCGAAAUCAAGCGGCUACGUGAGGCACUACAGCAGGCUGAGCAGACUCGCUGUGCCGAGGUAGAGGCAAUGAGGAAGGAGGUGUCACAGCUCACAGGUGAACUACACCAGCGUGAUAUCACCAUUGCCACGCUUACAGGAUCCACCUCCAGCGUAGAACGCCAGUUGAGGGCUGAGGUGGAGCGGGGAGAGCGCCGAGCAGCAGAACUAAAGAUGACACAAGUACAGCUGGAAACCCUAAAGCUGGAAAAUCAGCACCUGAAUGACCUGCUAGAGAGGGUUGAGUCCCGGUCCCCAAAGAGGACAGAUGGGGAGCUGGUGAGCUUGAGGGACAGUUAUGUUUCUUCUCUGAACAGUCUGGAGCAAGAGAAUCAGCAGCUUAGGCAGGAUUUGGCAGAAGUUCGUGCCCGUAUGGACGCCAGCAACCAGACCUGGCAGGACAAAUAUGAGAGAGCACUGAUGCAGAGCCACAGCAAGAAUUUGCACACCCAUGACAGGUGUGAGGAGGAGAUGAAGGCCAUGAAGAGUCGCUUGCAGGAGAGCUCCUCACACUAUGAGCUUCAGAUCCAGACACUUCUCAAGCAACUGGAGGACCUGUCAUCCUCCUCCUCUCCCCACCGACCCUAUGGCCAAUCACAGGAGAGCAGACCUGCCGUCUCACCAACACCCUCUGCUUCGUCUUCCAUAUCCUCAUCUUCCUCAGCUAGUAAAGCACAGAAGAUAGUGGCUCUACUGAGCGCUGCAGCUAAAGAGGAGAGAACUCAGGGCUCGGGUUCUGUUGGAGACCCACUGCCUUUGGAGCAUUGUGUUGGCUCACCAGCAGGCUCUGUGGCUGCUCGAUUUGUAGAGGAAGAGACACAGCGUUCUCAGGAGUUGCUGCAGAGACUGGACCACCACAUCCAUAGCAUGAGGCAGGAGAAUGUCAAGACUGUCCGCAAGUACCUAGCCAAAGACAGCAGCCCCAGCAACCAGCACUGAUCCUACACACACUUACACAAUGUGCCUUUUAAAAAUCAGCUAAGGGAUUUUAUUUGUAUUCGGUGUCAUGGAAGUGAAAAUCAUUGUCAGUAAAUCUGAUUAUUGCCAAACAAAAAAAGAGGAAGAAUGGCCAAACUGAUUGGGACCGUAUUUUGACUGCUGGAUGUUUGGUAGCCUGUGCAGUUACGCACACACCACUGAAGGUUACAAUACCUCUAUAGCUAUUGCACUAUUGAAUGACCUGGAUGUGGGCCUACAUUAUGACCUUUAACCUCUGACCACAGAUUUACAAGGUUUUGUUUUCUGACCGUAGUCUCUCCUUUUAUUAUGUAGCACUUUAGAAUGAUGUUAUUCUGUGCCUUACUCCUUUUUUUGUUUACUUUUUAUCCUUUUCUCUUCCUCUUCUGUUUGAUAUGGUAUAUAUUUAUGUGUUUGAAAAAUUUAGCAUUUUUUAUUAUUUUUCUGAUAUUCUGACGAGCCUGUUGGAGUGACUGAAUUAAAUGAGCUUAUUUUGGCAAUGUGUUUAUAGGAGUGGAUAUGUUUAUGCAGAUGAUUCAUCCUCCAUGUCACGGUGGUGCUUUUGGGAGAAAUGCGGUCCGCACAUGAAAUAUUACAUGUGGUCACGAAGGCCGCAUCUUUGGAUAUAGAUGUCUGGCUGAUGUCAAAUACACACACACGCAUACUGCUGUAUCAGUCAUUCUGAGUAACACAGGGUCUCAAAGAGCAAAAACAAUUUACAAUAACUGUUGUUUUUCUAAUGGUUCAGCAACAAUGAAGAAAAAAAAACUAAAAUGGCUAAAUAAAAGGUUUUAUUUAUGGAACAUGCACAUAAUGAUCUGGAUUUGUCUUUCCUAGUUUCAGUAAUAAAAAAAUACAUUAACAUUAGUGUACA